CCGCUAUUACGGGUGACAAAGCUCUGGGAUUGGUUCUCUCCCGUCCUCGCUUUGCCGUGAUCGUGGAUUCUGCUUCCGGCCACCGAGCGUGACGGACGCAUGAUGACGGGCUCCGUUGGAGCGGCUUCAGCGGCCUUUUCUGGCCGCGGAAACAGGACGAUGGAACAGGAGGGCACCUACCAAGUUGUUCUGCCAGGUCUGCCAACAGGUCGUUAUGUUUUAAAUACAGUUUUUUUGCACGCUGAUAUCACGGCGCGACCGUACCGGAUUGAAGAUUUCCGUGACGCAUUGGCACCGCAUUCGCUUCUUCCGGAUGUUAUCGCCCUGGGGGCGUAUCGCAUGAGCCAUGUCUGGGCUAUCACUUUCAAGGACGCGGACGCGGUGAAGAAGAUCUCGAGCAUCGGGGAGCUGCGUGUAAAAAACCGGCGCUGCCUGGUGAUUGACCCGGCGAACCAGGACGUUCGACUGAAGCUCCACUGGCUUCUACACAAUGUGCCUGAUGAGGACGUGCGUGUCGCCUUUGCGCCCUAUGGAAAAGUUACCGAAGUAGCCCGGGAGCACUGGCGUGUACAAGGUAUGACAGAGAAGGGAUCAACCACCCGGCUUGUCACCCUCAAGUUGAAAGCGGGCGUGAAGUUGGAUGACUUGCCACACCAGCUGAGCGUUGGCGGUGAGUUGGCGCUUGUCGUGGUACCAGGCAGACCCCCGCUGUGCCUUCGGUGUCGCGGUACGGGCCACAUCCGCAAGGAAUGUCGAGUCCCGCGUUGCGGAAUCUGCCGACGCUUCGGGCACGAAGAAGACCAGUGUACUCGCACUUACGCGAGCAUUACAGGCCCGGGAACCAGCGAGGACGCGUCCGAGAUGCUGAUGGACGAGACGGAUGCUGAGGAAGCAGCCCGUGUGGGUGGACAACCACAGCGCCAUACUCAGCCAUCGUUCACGACUCUGGUGAAGCAGAAGGCGGGGCCCUCCGGCGCAACAGAUGGUAGUGUACAGGCGCAGCAUAAGCCUGAACAGGACGACGAUGACGACAUAUUAGACGAACACCUGAUGAAUCAGGUCGACGCCGAAGAGACAGCAGCAGCAAGCGAAACACAUCCCAGCGAGGACAAGACGCCUGAGGCCACGCCCCCCGAUGUAGACGAAGCGCAGAAACUUCAGAGUGCCAUUGAAGAACUACCGCAAAAGCUUACACCUGCAAACGAUGCCGUAAGCGUAAUUACUGUCAAAGAGCCUGGGCCCAGCGAAACACGGGAAGGCAAGAAGGAAGAAACGUGCACCGACGUCACUAUGGGAAUGCCGGCUACGGCAGUCACUAAGCGCCCGCGAGAAAAAGCGAGCAGCGACGACCAGCGCUCUGACUCAAAGUGUGCAGAAGAACCUCCCUCCAAAACAGCGUCCACCCGUAGGUCUAGCUUCAAGCCAAAACCUACCGUGCCACCAGACAGGAAACCAGUGCCGUCCAUGCCCCCGCAUUAG